UGUGAGAGGCUGAGGCUGCUUUUGCACCACCCCCUCCAUUUCCCCACAGUCAACAGGAAGACUGGAGGCCAAAGACAUUGGCCACACUCUGCAGGAGAGGAAGGACGUAGAGGUCCAGCUGUACUCUUGGAACAAAGGAAAACAAUCAAGGCAGAGGAAUGAGCAAGAAUCAGAAAGAAGUGAAGAAAAUCCAGUCAGUCUAUCUGCAGAACUUGGAGAAACUAAACCAAGGACUAAAGCCAGAGAAGAAAAGUUGGAAGCCAAAGGAAGGAGAAUUCACUGUGCAAACAGCAAUGGAAAAGCUGCGGCAGCCUCCCAUAGCUGGGAAAGUGAAUAAAAGCUCGGCUCACAGGAUCAGCAGAGAUCUGACCUGCUCCAUCUGCCUGGAUCUGUUCAAGCAGCCGGUGUCUUUGCCCUGUGAUCACACCUUCUGUCAGGGCUGCAUCGAGGGAUACUGGACAGGUCCCCGUGGCCCUGGGCAGGGGGGCACGGGAUCCUGCCCUCAGUGCAGGAAGGUGUACCCCGGAGCGAGUUAUAGGCCCAACCGCAUUGUUGCCAACAUCGUGGAGAGCUACUGUCAUGGCCUGGAGGAGACUGAACCAGCUCCACGCCUGGCAGAUGUUGGGGUGGCAGAGAGGGCUCCGGCCCCGGUGCCUCGCUGCAGCAGACACAGAGAGGAGCUGAAGCUGUACUGUGAGGAUGACCAGGAGCUGGUGUGUCUGGUCUGUGGGGUCUCACAGGAGCACAGGAAUCACACCAUGCUGUGUGUGCAGGAGGCUGAGCUCAAGUACAGGGCGUCUCUGAACAGCUCCAUGGAUUCGCUCAAAGCUGAGCUCAACACAGCGCUGCAGUACGACAGAGAAGCUGAGGACGAGGUUAAAAAGCUCAAGGAGCACACUGCUGACCUGAAGCAGCGCAUCGAGGCCCAGUUCAGUGACCUGCACCAGUUCCUGUACCAGGAGGAGAAGCUGCUGCAGGUGAAGCUGAAGACGGAGGAGCGCAGGGAGCUGAUCCGCCUGGACGAGCACAAGGCCCUGCUCUGUGUGGAGAUCUCACGCCUGCAGAGGGCCGUCCACGAGAUAGAGGACAAGCUGAGUGAGCAGGACCCAUUCACGCUGCUGCGAGUAAGUAGCAUCAAAGUUCUGCUCCAGAGGCCAUCGCUGAAGUUUGAGAAGCCUGCGUUUACGCCACCCAGUCUGUGCGAGGGUCGAUUUGCAGGACCUCUGCAGUACAGAGUGUGGAAAUCCAUGAAAGGAAGCAUCUAUCCAGUUCCCGCAGCCAUCACGUUCAACUCCAGCACGGCCAACCCGUGGCUCAGCCUGACCUCGUCCCUCACCUGCGUCCGCUACCAGACCUUUAACCACACCGUGCAAGACAACCCUUACAGGUUCAACGCCGCCCUGUCACUGCUCGGCAGCCAGGGCUUCACCCACGGGCGCCACUACUGGGAGAUUGAAGUGUACAGCAGCACAGUGUGGACUGUGGGGGUGGCUCGGGAGUCGGUGCCUCGGAAAGGAGUCAUCAAAGCCCUUCCAGCAAAUGGCUUCUGGACUCUCUCCCUGUCUUACGGGAUACAGUACAUGGCCGGCACCUCCCCUCCCACCGUCCUGUCCCUGGAGGAGCCACUGGCCAGGAUCGGGGUUUACCUGGACUAUAAGAGAGGCUUGGUGUCCUUUUACAACGCAGAGAGCAUGACCCACCUGUACACCUUCAGAGAGAACUUCACGGAGACGCUGUACCCUUACUUUAAUUUGGGCUUCCUGGACAAAGUGCAUGAAAAUGAGCCACUUAAAGUUUUCUUACCAAAGAUUUAACAAACCUGGAGAGAUUCACUUCAAAAAGACCCAACAAGCAACAAAUGAAAUUGCAGAAAAUAAAGAUAAAACAAACUUUAUAGUGUAAAGAAUCAGAUACAGACAGUAAUGUGUUUGACCUUGUGCAUGAGUCGACUAAUGUGUUGAAUUCAAACACAUGCAUUGUUGAGAACGUAGACUGGAUCUACUGCCUCACAGUUCACGUCAGAGGAGCUACGCUUCAGUGAUGAAUAUGAAAGCUGACUGUUGUUGUAAUGUUAUAUCCAAUGUCUUAGUAUGGUUAUGUAUACAAGUCCAUAUCUUUUACAUUAUGAAUCAUUUGAUACAAUUAUUAUUGUGUGUUAUUGUUGACUAGUGUCAUGUCCUCCUACGGAUCUCAAACAUUCAGAAGCUUUGGAAAACGUAUGAGGCUUUUUGAUUUGACUCGGUGUAUUAGGAACAGUAACAAGACAUUUGCUUUCACGUUUUACAUUUUUGUUAUAAUAAUGUAAGUAAAUGUAUGUUUUUUCAGCAUCUUAUCCUUGUUGAUCCAAAGCCCGAUGCAUGUGAGUGAUACCAUAUAUUAAAGACAGAAUAAUAUGGGGAAUUUUAAGAAUAAAUCAUGAAAAUGA